AUGGUUCAGUACUACGCGAUUGCCGGCCGCCAAGUUGGCUCCCACCACCUCGCUCUCGGUAUCUUGAGCUCCCUCUUCGGUGGUGUCUACCUUGCUACCCGUGGCAGCUCCCAACCCAAGCCUGCUGCUCCUCCGAUCAAGGCUGAGUCCAAGGAUGAGGAGACUUUCAUUCAGGACUUUCUGAAACAAGUGAACGGGGAGGAUAAGAAGGCUGGACAUUAA